AUGGCACUGCUGGGGUCACUACGUGUGUUUGCAAUAAUCCUAUUUCCCCAAGUAACAAGUGGAGAACCAGACAGUUGCUCAUCUUCAUACGUCCUAAGUGAYUUCCGAUUACAAGGCCAUGUGCUUAUCACAUCAUCCACAAGUUACUGCAUGCAGGAGUGUAAAUUGCACAGGCAAUGCUACAGCAUUAACUAUCACAGUGAUAAAAAAAUCUGUGAGCUUAAUGAUGCCAAUCACUUGACAAGACCUGAAAGUUUAACCUUCACGCCGGGAUAUGACUACAUAAACAACCCUGCUCGCUCUCCUUCAAUCUGCAGCAUCAACUACUGCAGCCGAAAAAGAGACGUGUGCUUGAUUGACAGAAGUGGACAGGACUACAAAUGUGUGUCAUGUAAAGGACACGUAGGGCAAGAAAUCAUGGUAUUCCCAAAACCAAGUGUGAAAAACAAAGUUGUUCUGGAGCACUGGGAAGUAGAGUAUCCUGCCGAUGACAAGUGGCACCAUUUUUGCUUGACAUGGGAGAACACUUUUGGGAAAUGGGAAAUAUACAUCGAUGGUAUUCUGGUAUCUCAAGACAGAUGGAACGCAGGCCGGGUUAUCRACAAGGGUGCUGUUAUACUUGGUCAGGAUCAAGACCGGUACAAGGGAGGCUUCCAAUUGAAUGACGCUUACCAAGGCAACUCAACCAAUGUUAACCUUUGGAAUAAGGUGCUCACAUCGAAAGAAGUGAUUGACUUAUCUCGAUCAUGCUCCUUUGGAGAAGGAAAUGUUAUCAAUUGGUCGGACUUCACAGCCAGGGUAGAAGGGGACAUUCRACUGAUAUGCUCACUUGACAGAUGUGGCAAAUAA